AAAGGGAGCAGCUUAUAGAGUUACCUUAUAUCAUUGCAGCUCGACGAUGCGGGCGACGACGAGGAGAACGAAAGACGGGCAGCCCUGGAAGACGUGGAAGAGCUGGGCGACAUGGGCGACAUGGGCGACAUGGGAGAACCUGGUCCUCUGGGCGCUCGGCGCUGUGAGAGGCCACGGGCAACACGCUAGAAUGGCUCUAGAAGAAGAGGCCCACCGUCCCAUCCACCGUCCAAUCCACCGUCCACCGUCCACCGUCCAUCCAGGCCCAUCCUCCAAAUGCCCGCCCCUUUGCGACUUUACUCAUCGCUGACCCCGUCCUGCCGCCAAUGAGCAUCGACGCCCACGAGGCCAGCUCCCAGCGGCUUGACGCUGGCUCCAGCCUCUAGUCUUCCACUCUCCAAUCUCCAAUCGCCAAUCUCCAGUCUCCCGAGUCCCAAUCUUCCUCCCCGUACGGACUC